AUGGCGCCUGUCACUUAUCACCCUACUCAUGAUCGGACUCUUCCGCCACCUAAUCAAGUGAUAUCUUCAGAAGCCAAAAACAUUCUUCUGAGACACUUCUAUGAGAGUGCUGAAGAGAAGUUGAGGCCAAAAAGAGCUGCCCCUGAAAACCUCGUGCCAGAUCAUGGAUGCAAGCAUCCUAGGGCUUCUACUUCGGAUGCUGGUUCCUUCUGA